AUGACGGAGAACGUCCUCAAGCUUAACGUAAGUGACGUGGCCCCUGUGGACUUGGGUGCUGUAGUUACAGAGGUAAACAGCAUACUGGAAAUCUUCCCGGUCAACCUGACGGAGUCUUUCAGUGUCAACGGCACACACAACGCCACAGUUAAUGUUACCAUCACUUCCCGGGGCGGCGGCGUCCAAUCCGAAGAUGACGAAUUCGGCAACGACGCCGCCUGGAUUCUCACUGCCACCUUCAUCAUCUUCACCAUGCAGUCAGGUUUCGGGCUGCUGGAAUCCGGCUGCGUGUCGAUGAAGAACGAAACUAACAUCAUGGUGAAGAACGUUGUGGAUGUGUUGCUGGGUGGAUUCACAUACUGGCUCUUUGGCUACGCUCUCUCCUUUGGUAAGUCGGAGUGGACCAACCCCUUCUGUGGGUGGGGCGACUUUGCCAUCAACCCAGACGAGGAGAACAUGGGUGCCAUCUACACAACUUUCUUCUUUCAACUUUCUUUUGCCACCACCGCCACAACCAUCGUGUCAGGGGCUAUAGCUGAGAGGUUCAACUUUGUGGCCUAUGUGAUCUUCUCAGGGGUGAAUACUCUUGUGUAUUGUAUACCUGCUGGCUGGAUCUGGGGGUCCCACGGCUUCCUCUUUAAGUUAGGCGUAGUGGAUAUCGCGGGCUCGUGUGGCGUUCAUCUGUGUGGAGGAGCUUCAGCAUUAGUAGCGUCGGCGAUGGUGGGUCCAAGGAUUGGACGGUACGAUGACGGUGAAGGAGCCCUGCCCAUGGGUUCCCCAACCAACGCCAUCCUUGGCAUGUUCAUGUUGUGGUGGGGCUGGCUCGGCUUUAACUGUGGCAGUACCUUCGGCAUCACUGGCGACAGAUGGAAGUAUGCGGCACGUACAGCCGUCGCCACCCUACAGUCAAGUAUUGGCGGCGGGCUGGCAGGGAUGAGUCUCUCCUGGUACAAGAACCGCAGACUGGAGGUCGCCGACGUGGUCAAUAGUGUACUUGGGGCGCUGGUCAGCAUCACAGCUGGGUGUGCGCUCUUCACCACCUGGGAGGCUCUCUUCAUAGGCAUCAUCGGGGGCUUAAUCUCUGUGAUGGCGAUGCCACUCUUCGACAAGCUUCACAUUGACGACCCCGUAGGUGCUACCUCUGUACAUGGUUUGUGUGGGAUGUGGGCCAUGAUUGCUAUCGGACUAUUAGUAAAGAAGGAUUCACUGCUCAGUAUGACCAAAGGGAAGUCAGGUCUCCUUAGGGGAGGAGGGUUCUACCUGCUGGGUGUUCAGACGCUCGCCUGCCUGUGUAUCAUCGUGUGGUCCAUGAGCGCCACCUUUGUCAUCCUCUACAUCAUCAACAGGUUCAUUGUAAACAUCCGCAUGUCAGAGUGGGAGGAGCUAGUAGGCGCCGACUUCGCCGAACACGCCAUCCGUCGGCGCAACGUCGGGGUGUCGAGGGCGGUGUCAGUGCUGGGCUUUCACCACCAUGGUUAUGACUACAGUGACAUCCCUCCCCAGGGUGACAACCCGUGCCAUGUUAAGGUGCUGAGCAGCCUUGAAGCUCUAGAGUCCCGCCGUGGGUCUACACUCUCCAAGGCUGUAGUGCAAGUGACCCGUGGCGGCUCGAAGAACGCUGUUCUGCCUAACAUCUUUGUCAACGGUAAUGUCGCUGAUAAAAGUAAACCACAGAUGGGCACCACUGACAUCACGCCAGUGGAAGCUCCAGACUUCAUUGAAGCCUGGAAGUGAAACUGGUACUCCUCCGUCAUGCACAGCUUGGACCUCUCCUUCGACCUUGCCUUCUACGAUACCUCUGAUUCAGAGUAAUUGCUGCAAGAUUUCGAUUUCAGGAUGGUCUGUUUGCUGACGUCACAUGUUAUACUUAAGACCCUCAGUGCAUUGUUAUGACAGGAGUGUUCAUUUUGGAACCAUGAUCUUACUGAUUCCAUGAUCCUGGAUUCAUUGUUACCCGAGCUGAAAUCAUAGAUUCGGAGUUAUGAACUAUAAGACCUUAGAUUUCGAAUAAUCAUUUCUUGUAUAUCAGCUUUCACCCUUUGUUCGGUGUAAUCAGUUGCAAUAGUCGUUUUUUUUUUCAGAAUAAAUUCCAGA